UGAUCAGCAGAUCAAACUCGAUGGAGAGAAGUCACAGAAAGGAGGAAAUACUGCGAACACAGCUUCACUCUGAGACAAAAUGGCUUCACGAUCAGAAGAGGAUCUCUGCUGUCCUGUUUGCAUUGAAAUCUUUAAAGAUCCUGUUAUUCUGUCGUGUAGCCACAGCUUCUGUAAAGACUGUGUGAAGAACUGGUGGAGAGAGAAACAAAUACAAGAGUGUCCAGUUUGUAAGGAAAGACAUUUAUUAAAUGAUCCACCUCGUAACCUGGCUUUAAAGAACGUGUGUGAGUCCUUCAUACUGGAGAGAGAUCAGAGAGCUUCAGAGAGUCUCUGCAGUCUGCACUCUGAGAAACUCAGACUCUUCUGUCUGGACCAUCAGCAGCCGGUGUGUCUCGUCUGCAAAGAAUCAAAAACACACAACAACCACAGAUUCAGACCCAUCGAUGAAGCUGCAGAGGAUCUCAAGGAGGAGAUCCAGGAAUCCCUGAAGCUCUUAAAGGAGAAACUGAAGCUUUUUAAACAAGUUAAAGGAAACUGUGAUCAAACAGCAGAACAGAUGAAGGUCCAGGUCGGACACACAGAGAGGCAGAUUAAGGAGCAUUUUAAGAAGCUUCACCAGUUUCUAGAGGAGGAAGAGGAGGCCAGGAUCUCUGCUCUGAGGGAGGAAGAGGAGCAGAAGAGUCAGAUGAUGAAGGAGAAGAUGGAGGCUCUGAUCAGAGAGAUAGCAGCUUUUUCAGACACAGUCAGAGCCACAGAGGACGAGCUGAGAGCUGAAGACGUCUCAUUCCUGCACAACUACAAGGCUGCAGUGGAAAGAGUCCAGCAGCGCCUCUUGCUGGAGGAUCCACAGCUGCUCUCAGGAGCUCUGAUAGACGAGGCCAAACACCUGAGCAACCUGAACUACAACAUCUGGAACAAGAUGAAGGAGAUGGUCUCAUACAGUCCUGUGAUUCUAUAUCCAAACACUGCUCGUCUAGCACAUCUCAAUAUGGUAGCCCCCCCCCAUAGGCAAUCUGGCAUGGCAGCCGCCCGGGAGGCGGCAGCCGCCUGGGCAGCCGUCGCCCGCACCCCUCCUUCUGGCAUGGCAGCCGCCUGGGCAGCCGCCGCCCGCCCCCCCUCCCUCUUGCAUGGCAGCCGCCGCCCGCCCAGGAGGCGGCAGCCGGCGCCCGCCCCCCUCCCUCGCCCUAGGCCAUCUGGCCCCCCCUAG